UUAUAAAUGGCCUCCCCGCACCCUGCUUGUGCGCGCUCCCUGGGAGCGCGCAGCACCGCGAUCCGGUGCCCGCUGUGUCCUCCAGACACAGUAAAACACAGAUCGUCUGACCAUCAGUGAUCACUUCUGACAUCAUUGCUUAAUACGUGUGAAAUCUGUGAAUGGUCACAGAAGUUACAUGGUACAAGGCUAUUCACAACAGCCUUGUACCAUGUGACAAGCUGUGACCAAUCACAGCUCACUCAGUA